UCCUGUCUGUUCUGUGCUUGUCAAAACAUUGGUCUCAACAGGCUCUCGCCCGAGCUACAGGUGGUUCUCGCGCUCGUAGAGAUGCUGGAAAUGGAUAAAUGGGUUACCAGAAUGCUUUAAUGUGUGUUAGUAGACCAUAGGACGCCAUGAGAGGCGAAAUAACAUCUCAAACCUCGGGUUGGCAAUGUCAACAUCGAGGCAUGGCUCGGAGCAGACGUGAAAUCUGACAAACCGGAUAAUUGUGAUUCAUGCAUCGUCUAACGUUGGAAUUUAGAUGUCUUCCUACAGGUUUAUUUUGCCAUUCCAGUAAACAUUCAAUGGAACUGCUCUCAAUCAUGUGGAAAGUUUGAAAGACAUUUAAUUAAAACCUGAAUACUAUUGCUGUAUCUUAUUAUCCGACUAGGAUAUCCGUUUCAUCGUUUACUGAACACUUACUGAAGGAGUGUUAUUGAUUUUCGUUCUUGCUCAGGGUUGUUUUACCCACGCAUGCUAGUGGUUGUAUAUGCUUGUUAGCAUGAUAAUGCCACACAUCAGCAUAAAAACCUGGCAUUCUGCCCCAGAAUCUACACUCCAACCAUAGACGGUCAUUCCUUCAUUGUGUCACACAAUGUUAUUAUGAAUAACUGACUAUUCUGUUUGACUAAAUACCUGUGAAUUUAUAUUCAUGUUCAGUUUUGAAUGUUGGAACAAGCUGGUGCUGAGGGAAAUUCUGUGAAAAAGAAUCGUACAUUGUAACAGCUCUAUUACAUCAUCAUCAACUUAAUUAACAGUUUAUUAUGCAGAAACCAGAUCCCAUCGAUUAGAAUAUCGACCAGCCACACCAUUAACUGGAAUUUAUAUCAAUUCUUAAGGAAUAUUUCAUGAGGAGCCUAUUAUUCCAAUGCGAGGAAUACCUGUGCUGGGAUGUUAAGUAUUUUAUGAAGACUCGGGAGAAAAUUUCAAACUUUAUGGAGUCAUGACUUAAUCAUAAUUAUUCCAAACAUUUAUCAACAUUCCAUCUUCAAUUCAAGAUUCAUUCCCAGAGUAACGAGAAGGAAUUUAUAAAUGAUUUUGACGCUCUGAAAAUAUUUAAAUAUUCGUCUGUGCCAUUCCAGUAUUUUUUUCAAGUUAUUUGAUCUCGUUACAGGAAAUCCAUCCAUUUGUUUAUUUUAAUUAUCUAUUUUACAACAGGUGCAUUCCGUAUUUUAUUGCAUUUUGCAAUUUAUAGGUCACAGUAUUUUUGUCUCAUUAUUUGUUUUUUUGAAAUCAGCAAUAUCGUCCGCAUUGUUUUUUAAUCACAUUAGUCUCAAACUGAACUCAGUAAAUACCAUAUAUAUACCGGUACCCUAUAAUUCUGCUCCGGAUUAUGAACAACUUCCAACAUUUUCUGCAAAUGACACCAAAUAAUAUGCAAAGCAGUGCUUGAACUUCAAUUUACCGCACCAUAUGCAAAUGAAGACUAUUACCACAAACUUGCGAGUGAAUAGCAGUGUACAAGUUUUUGGAUGAUUGAGUUCAGCUUCAUUUAUGAUAAUUGAAUAUUUGAUUAUAAAACUUGCUGGAAACGUCACAUUAAGGAAAAGCUUACAUGUGGUUUUAAAUACAUUGUCCACUGUUACCAGAAAGCUGAACCGAUAGAAUUUUAUAAAGUGGACCUAACCUAACAUCGCUUCAUCAGAUUGCUUUCUGACCCCUUCAGAACACACUACAACACAUUUGACAUAUAUGGUAUAUGAACUUGUGUCGGUACUCUUUAGAUGUGUAUACCAGGUUUGUCACAGAACUUUUAAUGAUACGAGAACAGCGGUUAAAAGGAGACAAAAAGAUGCGUUUUGUACAUUUUGUAAAAUUUGUGUGAAAUUAUUAAGGCCAGCAGAUUAAUAGUUUUAAACAAGGAAACGCGCCCAACCUUCACCGUGCCCUCGUUACCGUCACAACGGGAAGCUGGUAGUGGGGUUUAAAGUGUGAUUUCCUGGACGGGCAGACUGGUGGUGUCUGUUACUUAAGUCUGUUUAUAUCUAUACCAGUGUUCAUGCAGUUGUUUUGAAUAUUUGACAGAAACUGUGGAAAUUUAAUAUUUGCAGCCUCUUCGUGGAAUUUAAAAAACUUCACAAGUGUUUUGCUUUCAAAAAGAAAAGGUGGUUGUUGUAUUUGAAAACUUUUGGAUUCAUCAAACUUUCCAACGCCUGGUGACCUAUAUUCCAUGGGAUUGUGUUCGCUGAUCCUAGGGAUCAUAUUAAAGACUUAGUAUUUGACCUUGACCUUCCGCCAUGUCUCGGAUGGCAGUGUCCAGCUCUCCGUCCCCGUCCGCGUCUCCCGCCAAAUCUCCGGAUGAGGAGGGGUCCCAUUCCUGGAUGGAGUGGAGACAACAGCUCCAUGCGUAUGUGGCCUGGGUCAAUUCGCAGCUCAAAAAGAAGCCAGGGAUCCGGCAGGUGGAAGAUCUCCGUAAUGACACCAAGGAUGGCGUGGUACUGGCCGAACUCAUCGAAAUUGUGGCGGGUGACAAACUCCCGGGAAUCCACGUGGUGCCGUCCAACUAUGGGGAAAUGAAGGAGAAUGUGGAAAAGGUUCUCAAUUAUAUGUCCGCCAACAGGAUCCGCAUGCACCACGCGUCCGCGAAAGAUAUCGUGGAGGGUAACCUGAAGGCCACAAUGAGGCUGAUAUUGGCAUUAGCGGCACACUUCAAACCACACAGUGUCAAACAUUCGUCACAGCAUUUAAACCGCUCUUCAGUAGGAUCUCCUCAUGCUGUUGGGAUCGCGCAGGGGGCGUCAGCUGCUCUCGCUGAGGCCAGGCGGACCGCAUCUAAGGCAGGAAACAGUUUCCGUAGCAACCGAUCUCGUUACAAUAACAGUGAACGAAGACGAACCUACCACGCAGGCAGCAGUUCUGACCAGUACAGCGACUCGGACCAGAGCUUCGGCCAGACUGACCAUGACUUUAAGGGUCGACGGGACGAAGGAGACGGUGCCAGUAAUGACAAAAGCCCACUUCCUAGUGCCCGCUUUAACCCCGCCCACCCGAGCAACACACAAACCGGUAUCUCUAAGAGCCGCUCGUCCGAUUACAUCUCUGCCAAGGAUAGCGGUUCUGAUAGUAGCAACCUGACACUGGUUGACCAGAGUCGUGAAAUCCUUAACGAAUAUCAGGGACUGUCGGUCACCAUCAACAAAACCCGGACUGAGCUACUCAAACUUCAGGAUCUGCUGCUGAGUGGGGAACCACCAGACGGAGAGGAAAGUGGAGGACGAGAAGUGGCCACAUCGUCUUCUCCGGAGGAACAGAUAAUAAUCAUGAAAAGUCAGCUCAUCCAGGCGACAGAGGUUUGUAAAGAUCUCAGGGAGGAGCUCUCCAUGACCAAGGAUGAGUGUAUGCAGCUUCAGGGCACAAAGGCUGGCCUAAAUCACAGACUUAUAGAACAAGAGGAACGCAUUUCACAACUCAAUUCUGAGGUUUUACGAGCUGACUUCGAAUAUCAGCGUUUUGAGUCAGAAAUUACGGAAAUGAAGCGAGCGUUGCGAGACAAAGACAAACUGAUUGUAGAUUUAAAGAAGGACAUGACGAGAAGGGACAAACACAUUGACCAUUUACAGAAUGAAGUCCAGUUACAGAUUCAGGAAAAAGAGAAUGCCACACGUUCACUGAAGAUGCAGAUAUCUGACCUCCAUGACCGGCUCAAGGUCGUAGGUCAAACAGGGGCCAGCCUUUCAGCGCGUGUGGCGUCGCAGGACAAACGUAUGGCCCAGCUGGAAGGCAAGAUUCUGACCUCGUCGGACGACGGAAGCAGUCAUAGGAGCGAUAACACCAGCUUUGGGACGGGUGAUGAACUUCAGGUGGUACGGGACUCGCUACAUAACCUGCGUCUGAGCUUCAAGGGUACAGAUCCCCAGCAGCACACGAUAGACACACUGGAACAGAGCGUGUCGGCUCUCCUCGAUAAAAUCUCGAUGUCCGCAACCUCCUCGGUCGGUGGAGGGGACGCACAGAGUGGUCAUGACGUUACGUCACGGCGCCUGAACUUCGACUCUACGGGCGACGUUCGCCGAUCCCCGAUCACCUCCAUUCCGGGUAGUCAGACUAGUUUUCCCUACAAUCAUCUAGACGGCGGUGGCCAGCCGACCACAUCUACACCCAUCAGCUCUAAGGAGUCCACAAAAGUAUUAUACUUCACCGAUAAGCCCCUUAGUCCAUUCUCCUACACCAUACGUAAAAGAUUAGGGGAGAUCACUCUAAAAGAUUUUAAAGCCAUUUACGACAGACCAGGCAACUAUAGGUACUCCUUCAAGGCGUUGGACCCAGAGUUUGGCACUGUCAAGGAGGAGGUAACCAAUGAUUUAGAUAUCAUACCUGGCUGGGAAGGAAAAAUAGUCGCCUGGAUCACCGAGGACACGGGAACGUAGCACAGGAGAGUUGUCUCCCUUGAC